AUGGUGGUCCUUCUCUCUCCAGGCCGCUUCGGCCUCAUCCUUUUGUCUCUCAUCUCCAGCUUCCUUGUGCCCAGUCCCGGGGUCCUAGGCCAAAUCCCCACGUACGAGACAGAGACGGCAAACUUCAUGACGCUGCCCAUCAGCAGCAUCCAUGGCUUCAUCCCCAUGCCCUGGGCUUGCACCUUUGCGCCCAACCCCGGCACCCAGACUCUUCUCCAGUUUCACGCCAACUGGCACUGCACGUACCCAGACACCCACGCCGAGUUUGGCCGCCGCUUCUUCGGCUUCCACAAGCAGUUCGGCAUAGGCUACAACUUCUACCUCGCCUCACUCGGCUUUCCCUUUGUAUCGACCUUCUACCCGGCCCCUCUCGCUCCUAUUCCACCGUCACAUGUAACGCGUCCGCAGAACGCGCAGUGCGUUGGCUGCACAUCCCUUCCGAACAACUUCCGCGCUCCUCCAACGGGAACCCUCCACCUCUACCCCACCGUCCAGGCGCUCGGCCAGGCCAUCGUGGGGUGGCACAACAACCAGCAUUUCCACCUAUCCGGCGGCUUUGGCUGUGGGAGUCAGACUACGCCGGCCCGCGGAGACAUGAACUGCUUCACCACGUCUCCGCGCGACCCCGUCUUCUGGCGGUACCACAGCAUUUUCGACGAGGUCCAGGACGCGUGGCACUCGCUUCAGGAUGCCAAUGUUGCCCUCGUUAUGGACCGGUCCGGCAGCAUGGGAUCGACGAUUCCUGCCUUCGGCAUCACCAGACUACAGGCCGCAAAGGACGCGGCGCAGAUGUUCGCCGACAUGGUUGAUGUGGCGUCGGGCCACCGCCUCGGCCUGGUCACCUUCUCCAGCGGGGCCACGACCAACCUGGGUCUCACGGGCGCGUCGACCUUCUCCGGCGCGUUGAGCUCUGCCAUGUCCUCGGUCAGCGCGAGCGGCAGCACCAGCAUUGGCGCGGGUCUGAAUGCCGGCCAGGCCCUCGUCACCGGGGGAACACAGCCGCGCAAGGGCAUCGUGCUACUGACCGAUGGCCAGGAAAACGUUGCUCCCAUGAUCAACAGCGUCAACCUCGGCGACACGCACCUGUGCGCCGUGGGUUUUGCCAGCCCCAGCAACCUGGACGGCGCGAAGCUGCGGAACCUGGCCGAAAAGCAGGGUGGCAUCUGGACGAGCACGCAGGAUCCCGUCGAGCUCAAGAAGGUCUUUGUCCAGUGCUUCUCCAACAUUUUUGACGCAGCCCAGGCCAUCGACCCCAUUGAUACCCUGCCAUACUCAUCGCCCAUCUCUCCUCCAACCAUCCACGGCGCCAUGGGCGACGACACGGUAAUCUUCGUCCUCGGAUGGGCCGAUCCAAAAGUCAAGCUCCAGCUCUCCAUCACGACACCGUCGGGAGGCGUGGUCAAUCUCAAUGCUCCAAACGUGCAGAGCAGGAUUGGCUCCACCUGGCACGUUGUGCGCAUCAAGCUCCCUUACCAAGGAGAGCGCGACGGCGACUGGUCCGGUCGCGCCGUCCUGCAGCCCGUGCGAGGUUUCGUCAACGGCUUCAGCUCCCUGGCGGUCACCGGCACCGACGCCGGCGUCCAGCUCAUCCGCAACCAGCUCGCGACUCUCUGUACCUCGGGUUGCGGCAACGUGCUCUUCUACCAGCACACCACGAACGAGACGAGCGUCUCGCACGGGGGCGGCACCUCCAUCUAUCACGAGGCCGUCAUUGCGGAGAUGAGCCGCGGAACCAUGGGCAACGCUACCGUCGCGCACCAGGCCGCCGACUUUUCCAACCUGUUGUCGCGCAGCGGCGGCUGGGACCUGGUCGUUUACAAUGCGCCCGGGCCGGGCGGAUCGCAGACCUACGACCAGGCCUUUGCCUCGCUGCUCUGCGCGGGCCGCACGAAGUACAUCGUCAGCGAUGCCAGGCCCGUGAGCUCUGCCGACGCUAUCCUGCGGUGCGCCGGUGCCACGCGUGGUGAGUCCGUCACGGCAGGCACGGAGAAGAUGUAUCUCUCCCCGGGCGAUUCGCAGCUCUUCCCAGGCGAGCUGCAGCUCGGGAAUGCUGUGGUCCGGGAUGCUCGAUCAUACGUCGUGGCUGGAGGGUCCCCGCAGGCAAGCUACGCCGGCGGGCUGCAGGGCGCGGCAUCCGUCGCCAUCGGGGGCGGCGGCAGCGGUAGCGUCCAGUACUUCAUCAGCGUGCUGGCCAAGUCGUCGGUCAAGCUCAAGCCGUACACGUACAUCAACAAUACGUACGUCGGCGAGGACCUCCAUCCGUCCUUCUACGUCCCGGCUCCGUACUGGCCUGACUGCGGCUUCACCCACGUCUACGCCAACGUGACCAUCACCCGCCCGCUAAGCUCCCUUGCCGCCGUCCGCGGCGAUCCCAAGGACGACAACGCCCCGGACGCCAUGAUCCCGACCGAGACCGCCACCUACUCGCUCUCGGACGACGGUCGCAGCGGAGACCGCGUGGCAGGGGACCAUCACUUUGAGACGGCUCUGACGGGCUUGACCAAGUAUGAUGGCGAGUACAAGCUUCACGCCCGCGUCAGACUCUGUAAUCAAAAGGCCUGCGGCAAGCUCGACUGUAUCGUUCGCGAGGCCGAGCAUGUCCUCGACGUCCUGCCUAAGGCGGCGCAGGCACAGACAAGCGUCAAGGUCAGACAGCUGGAGGCGGCUGCUACCAGCGAGCGCAAGCGGUCGGGCAAGCGUGAGAAGAGGGCUACGGUUGUCGUCACGCCCCGAGAUGAGGACGGCGUGGCCCUGGGCCGUGGGCAUCUUGAGCAAAUCGUGGCACGGGGCGUCUGCGGCGCCGUGGUUGAGAAGUUCGAGGAAGUCUCUGAAGAUGACGAGGAGGAGGCCAGCUAUGCUGCUACAGUGUCGUAUCCUGAGAGCGGUGGAUCGGACUCUUCGUGCAAACGGGCAGGAGUGGCCAUCCACAUGUACGGCCGUCCGAAGGAGGCUGUCGUUGUUGACCUGUGAUCGGAGGAUCAGUGAAGGGUAGCAAGAGGGCUCGCAUUCGGGGCUUGGGAUUGAUGUGUGGGAGAAAACGGCGAUGAUCUGCAAUAAAGUAUCAAACGAGAGUCGGGCAAGUCGGUCCAUUUCUCUUCUCAUGCAAGGAGACCUCUCUCCCUUCCAAGGGCAAGGGUCUGAACGCCCAGCGUUGCUAGGAUAAUACACAGAACAGAUCGGAAGGUUUCUCAACGGGCCAAUAUGCGUGCGGGUCGCUUUGGGGUGGGUCAAAGAAGCGUUGGGUGUUUAGUAGUAAUC